UCAACUGCAAUCGGGUAUAUAAGUAGAGUUUAGUUUGGAACUACUACGGACGGAUCAACUAAAUCAACUAAUAAUGAAUUUUAGUUGCUUCAUUUUGUUUUUUCUUUUUACUGCAGCAGUCUCUAUCAUUAACGAAAACAAAAUAGCAGAAGAAAUCAAUGAGUUGGAGAAAGAAUUACUCGCAGACACAAAAAGCAGGCAGAUACUGGAUGAAGAUGAACAAGACAUCAAUUUAUUGAAUCAUGCUUCAAGAGAGAACAACAAGUUUAGAGAAAGCGGCUAUAGACGUUACUAUGGUCGUCAAACAAUAGGGGAAAGAAACGAAAAGAAUCAUGAGCAAACACAUCGAAUUUUACAGGCAAUUGGAAGAGGGAAGGACAGUCGCUUAUCUCAACUUCUACUUACAAACAAGAAAGAUACGAAUAGAAUUGAACAGAAAGCACUAACAAAGAAAGGACGAAAACCGAAAAACAAAAAGAAUACAGGUCGUAAAAUGGGGUACAUAUUUGAUAAACCAGAGGAUCUUGACGCUGAUUCUGAGUUUUCUCAUUUGUUGGAUGCGAUGAGUUUGGAUUCGCACGGACAUAUUCGUCAGCCCAAAGGACGACAUUCAGAAAAGCAAAAGACAAAAGGGGAAAAUUUGGAAAGAGAUCCUCCUGGUCAACUCAAAAGAAAUUUCCAUAGUGCUAACUCUUAUUGGCCGGAUGGAAAGGUGCCCUAUGAAAUUGAUUCCGUAUUUUCUGCAGCAGACAUAGAUGUUAUUGAGAGUGCCGUACAAGAAAUUAACGAACAAACUUGUUUAAAUUGGGUACCUCAUGAUAGUACGCCUGGUGUACCAUACAUUAAGAUUAUAUCUGAUACUGGAUGUUGGUCGUACAUUGGAUAUCUCAGCCGUACUCCACAAGAUCUAAGUUUGGGAAAUGGCUGUGUAAAUAAAGCAACAGCCGUUCACGAAAUGAUGCAUGCCAUUGGCUCUCAGCAUGAGCAGGCGCGAUCAGACCGUGAUAAUUACAUGACUAUUAUAGAAAAGAAUAUACAGAGUGGUCGCGAAAGUAACUUCCAAACAAAACAAACGAUGAACAAUCAUCCAUUAGAUGCAGCAUCUGAUAUGAUGUACGGGUUAUAUGAUUUCUCUAAUAAUGGAGGCAAAACAAUAAAGUUUAAAGACUGGCGUCUAGAGUUCCAGGCAGACAGUGCUACAGGCUUAAUGUUCUAUGAUGUGGCCGAUAUUACUACAGCUUAUACAUGUACAGCAUCUUGUGGCACAUCUGCUUCACUUUCUUGUCUGCAUGGAGGAUUCGUUGAUAAAACCUGUACAUGUAAAUGUCCUGACGUAUUAUCAGGAGAGUUUUGUGAGCAGCCAACUAACACCGAUUCAUGUGGAGGUACCAUAGACCUAGCAGCUGGUGAGACAAAAAUCCUGACAUCACCAAGCUACCCAAAUAAUUAUGGUCUUGGUUUAAAAUGUACAUGGUUAAUUAAAGGGGUACCAGACAAUAUUAUUAGAGCCACUGUUACAGAUAUGGAAAUAAGCAAUAACGACAAUGCUUGUUAUCACUGGAUACAGAUUCGUUAUCAUCUACUUGGCAAUAUGGGACCACUGAGAUGUGGUAGUACGGACAGUGAGAACAAUGAGAUCUGGGAUACUACAGUAGACGAAGAAAUGAAUACAAUGAUCAUCAUAUUUGACAGCGAUGUAGGAAGUGAUCAAGCAGCAUCUAGAGGGUUUAGUAUGACCCUUCAGUCUAUUGGAACAGGUUGUGUUAAUUAUCCCUGUAAGUAUGGCAAAUGCGAAAGUCAAUUAAACACAGACAGCUACACCUGUACAUGCGACCAGGGAUUUUCUGGAACCAACUGUGAUGUAUCCUCAGUGUAUUCAGCUUUUGGUUGUACGUCAGAGGUUGGUUCAACUUGUAUGUUAGUUCAAGAAGAAAAUAGUGAUAUCUUUGAUUGGGAAACUCUUUCUGAAGCGGCACCAAAUAGUGAUUAUACUGGUCCAAAAGCUGCUAAAGAAGGAAAUAUAUACUUAUAUACAAAGACUUUUAAUAGACGAACAAUGGGCGAUACGGCUAUUAUGUAUACAAAUAUGGUUUUACCAAAGGUUGAGAGAUGUUUGUCUUUCUGGUAUCAUAUGUACAGUUAUACGGCUUCACAUAUGGGGACAUUGAAUGUUUUCAUGACAGACGAUAGUGGAUCCAAUUUAUUGUUCACAAAAGUUGGCAAUCAAGGCAACAUCUGGAAGCAAGAAAAAAUAAAUAUACCUGCUGUAGAUAAUUUGCAGAUUAAAUUUGAAUCAAUAACUGGAGAUACUACCUGGAUGUCUGAUAUGGCUGUUGAUGACAUUUGGUUGAUUCCCGGCACCUGUGAAAAUCCUCUCGUACCUACUACAACAACGACGACAACAACUCCAACUACUACAACAACAACUCCUACUACAACAACAACUCCAACUACUACAACAACUCCAACUACUACAACAACAUCUCCAACUACUACAACAACUCCAACUACUACAACAACUCCAACUACUACAACAACAUCUCCAACAACGACGACUACUCAAACAAGUUUGUCCUAUAACUGUGGCUUUGAACAAGGACAAGAGUGUAUUUUCCAAAAUAUUCUAGGCGACAAUUUUGACUGGACUUUAGGUCAUUCAGGUCCAACAAAGAGCAGAAAAACAGGCCCUACUAAUGCAUACUCUGGGAGCCAGUAUGCGUAUAUUGAAGUAUCUAGAAAAAAAAUCAAUGAUUUGGCAGUUUUGUCCUCUAUUAAUACAGUGCUUCCCGCUUCUACAUUUUGUCUACGAUUUUACUAUCACAUGUAUGGACGUCAUAUUGGAUCGCUUUCCGUGUUUACACAGGAAAGAGACACAGGAACUUGGUCUUUAGAUUGGGAUCUGUCUGGCAAUAAGGGAAACCAAUGGUACCUUGCAAGUGUGGACAUUCCUUACCACUUCGACCUUGUUGUUGAAUUUGAAGCUUCAAAGGGAGCAAGGAAGAGCAAAGGUGACAUCGCAAUUGACGAAAUAACGCUCACGAACAAUCCAUGUUAGCCGUUGAAUAGAAACAAGUGCUUGUAAUGUAGUUAAAACACCCUUUAGACUUCGAUACACUAAUUAAUCACUUCUGGGGGGAUGCCCAAGAUAAUCAAUUGUGCAGUCUUUUUUCAUUAAUUUUCCAUAUUUAUUAAUAUAUGUGUUCCGUUACUAUUUUUAGAAAAUUCUGUUUAAUAUAAAUGCGUAUGAAUGGAAGGUAAAGGCAUUGGGGAGGCACAUAAUUAAGCCAAAAAGUCACCAAUUUGGAAAAAAGUAUUUUUUAAGUAGAAUGUAGAAAAAAGAUUAAAAUUAAGAAGUACAUUUGAGUAUUCUUACUUACUUCCAACAAUUAAUGAUCAAAAUGACAAAAAUAAGGAUUUUUAAAAUUCUAUUUUAUGCAUUUUCAGUUCAAAUUCUGCUUAUUGAUUUAUAUAAUACAACUGCAGUUAUGCUAUUCAUUGAUUCUAGUGUGACAUUCUGACACAUACCUUUGAAAUCUGCUAUAUAAUGUUUUUUGUCAAUUUUAAUAUCUUUUUUAAAAUAAAUAUCUUUUGCAUCA